GGUGUAGAGGUGCUGGGUGGCCCCCACACUGGUGGUGAGUGCCGGCAUCCUGACGAGGUGCGGUCGAUGAGGACUCACCUCUGGCUGAUGUAAACACACCAAGAUGGCGAGCAACCCCAGUCCUGCUCUACCCUACAGUGAUAGAAGCAGUUUUCCUGGACGGAGGGUAGCAGCAGCUGCAGCAGCAGCGAUGGCAUCAUUAGCAAGCUUGGCUGCGUUGAUGCUUGUCGCCUGUGCUCACGCCCAGACUGUCACAUACACCUUCACACAGUUCCCUUAUAAGGAAUCUGUUACCAAUGAAAAGGUGUGGUCUGAGUAUGAAGUAGCAUGUGCACAGUCACCACGAUGCUUAGAGCUACGGGGGUUGCAUCACACCCGUUGUGUCCGGCAGUGUGUCUCACCCUCUUGCUAUCUGGACAUCUACAUUCAUGAUGAGUUGGAAGAGGGGGAGAUUGACGUGCGCCUGGCAUCCUUCAAAGGGUGUUUCCUCCAACGAAUGUCUCGACAAAGACGCCCCUGAGGUAAUCCUGAGGCCAUCCUCGCUCACCCUAGGUCCACAUCAUCCAAGCUGCCGCUGAGCCCAGAUCCGCUGGCACAGUUGUGGGUGAAGCUCUUCAUCAGGGACCUGGAGGAGGUGGCACUCAUGGUGUACCCCUGGCCUAGAAUUCCUAUAACAAGGUUCUGAUGAGUAUAUAUUUUCUAACAUCAGUUUGUAAUAGAAUUUCAAAGUGCUGUGUUUUUUAUAUUAUAAUACUAAUAACUUCAUUAUAAGUUCAUAUGUUACACAAUAAUAGGUUGGUAAUGUAUUUAUAUAGAGAUAAUAAGGCAGAUUGGAAAUAAGGUUUGCUAUUCCUUAAGGUGCUUCAACAAUGAGGUUAUUAACACUCAAAACAGAUUUCACAGACAUUCGUUAGUGCUAAGAUAAAGAGUGUAUAUAUGUGGUUUUUAAAUAUGAAAAAAAAAUUAAUUGAAAAAUAGCAAGAGAAACAUCUAAGCACUUUUAUGCAAUUACACACAGAUUCAAAAGAACUAGCUCCUCUGAGAAUGUGUGUAAAUGAACCAAAGUUCUCAGGUAUUUCUGCUCUUGUUAUUUUUCACCCUAGUAACAUAUAGUAAACGUAUCAAGAACUUGUGGUGAUCCGUAGUAACAAGGAAAGAGUAUUGUCUCAUUUUUCAGAUGAGAAAUAAUUAUCUAAACCUUUAUCCACUAACUUUUUGCAUAUAGCAUAACUUUUUUCUGUUAAUACUGCAUAUAGGGCAAAGUUUUUUAAUUUUGAAUUAGAGAAAUGCAGUAUACAAUAGAUCCUCAAUUUAUGAUGUUAAUACAUUCCCAAAAAUUCAUUGUAAGUUGAGUCUUGGCUUUCAGAACUUAUAUUCCCAUAUGAAAUGAUGUAAAAUGGAUUAAUGUGUUCCUUAUCCUUAAUUUUGCCUUAAAAAUUCCUCCCCAAUAUGUAACUUCAUUAUGCCUUUUCAGUUGCAUAGACAGCAAAAUGCAUGUACAAUUUUUGUCCUUAAUAAUAGUUGCAAUGGUCAACCUGUUUAAGUCAUAUACACACUCAAUGUUCAGAAAGCUCUAUUAUGUCAACUUGGGUAUCACUAAGACUACUUUUGCACUUUUCAGUCAUGAUGCAUGACUGUUUUCCAAAAUAAAUCCUCCAAAAAUGCAGUCAAAACACAGAGGUGAGAGUGAGCAAAGCAUUGGGGAAAUGUUUAUCCAGCUACCAGCUUAACUGUAAUGCAUCCUCCUCACCUUCACCAUCAAAAGUAGUCUGUACCAUCAGCUGUGCAAAUCACUUAUAGAUCAGUUGUAUACAAAACCAUCAAGUAGAUGAAUUAGACAUAUGUGUAACACUUGGGUGUCUUUAUUGUGGAGACAUGUUGCUACUGAUUGGCAAAAUGUGUCCACAAUAAAAAUGCCCAGGUGUUACAUGUGUCUUAUUCAUUUGCAAUUAACUUGUUUAUAAGUACAUAAUUAAUUGGUUUCAAAAUGUCAAUGCCAUAAGUGCAAACCAUGAUAACCUGAAACAUUAUAAGUUGGGGUCCUACUGUACAUCUCCUUCAUAAAAUAGAAUACCUGUAACUUUCUUUGAGUUAAAGAAAGUACAUUUAAGACUUUCAUAUGAAAGAAAUUUUAUUUGAGACUUUUAAAUGCAGUAAUAUAUCCAAAGUUCUCUUCAGCAGACUGACAUGUGUACAAGAGUUAUAAAAUUUAUACAAAGGUCAUGUGCAUGUGACUUAGUUCCUGCACCUGACCUAGUUCGUACACCUGCCUGAUUAAUGUUUCUGAAGUGAGGUAGCUUGCGUAUCCCUUGUACACUUGUUAGUCUGCCAAAGACAGCCUCAAUUGUGGGCUGAAAAAUACAGUACAGUACUCUUUCUAUCUAAUAUCUUAUUUUCUCAGCGGGUUUGUUGAGCCAUUGACCAGUGUUUAUUACACUUGCGUAUUUAUUUAUUUAACCGUACUCUCAAAUUAGCAUGUCAUAAACAUAUUGACCAAAAGUGAUGAGCCACUUGGACAGAAAAAAUAAACACUGGUAGAAGAGAUCUGUGUGGUUCAACCUUAGUCAGAGCCUGUCUUCUACAGAUCAGUGUACAUCAUGUUGAAAAGACACAUGUUCCAAAAUAAGCUUUUAUUGAAGAAACAUUUCACUAUGGCUAGAGCUUUAUUAAAUCAUGACUUGAGAAAGCUACACAGAGUAAAAUGUUGUCCCAAGAAAAGCAUAGAACAUGUCAUUCCAUCACCAUUGUCAGUGGUACACCAUUUGGAUCCAAGUGUACUUGUUACAAGAGAAGGUAUGGUACAUGUGUAUAUGCAGGUUUAUAUGUGACAGGGCUGGCGAUCAGUGGGUGAAAGUGAAGUCUGUUGUAGAGGUAUGACAGUCACCACAUCAUCCAGGAAAGUUUGAAACUCCUACACAAAAUACAAUGUUCUUGCACGAGAAAGUCAUUGAAGUCACACUUACGAGCUUUCAACCCAUCUUCAGUUUAUAACAGGGAUCAGGGAAACUAGACAUUAUCACUACAUAUGCUACACUAUCCUACGUACCAGCACACCCAUUCUAGACACUCAUCCACCACAAAGAUGCCCUAAGGAGCCUUGCCAACUACCAAUAUGAUGAACUGCACCAUUCUAUUCCCAUACAUUGUAUGACCCCUGUGGGUUUAGUGCUUCCCAUGAAAAUAAAAUAACACUAAUAAUAAUGUUGUAAUAAUACUAAUAAUAAACCACUACUCUCCAUUUUUACCCACUCAUCGACAGCCAGAUCACCUGACAAGCAACCAGGUUUGAAUUUCACGGAAAACUAUAGGAUUAAGAACUACUAAGUAAUGUAGAAGACUGAAACAAUGUGAUAAUAUUACAGUAUAAAUGCACACACACACACACACUUUCACAUGCUUGAAGUGUGUAUUGAAUGUAAGAAGUAGAUUGUAAGAUUUACCUGUCAUGUGUUCAUGAGAUAAAGAAAAGGCUAGCACUCCUGCAGGGUGUAUAGUUUUAGCAGGUUUCUGGUUGGCACUUAUAUGGCACAACUGUAGCACCUCCCUGGGUGGUUGCUGCCUACCAACCUACUACCUACAAAAGUACAAAUAUGGGAAAAAACAAAGAAUGAUCAAGCAGUUUGUAUUAAAAGAGUGAUAUCAAGAUGGAGCAAAUGUAUUUAAGUAUAAAAUCGUAGAGUGCAAGUGUAGCCAGAGAAAUAGAAUUAUUACUGGAAGGAAAAUACUCGUACUUUCCCAUUGUAAUGUGUUCGUCUCGUUGUUUAUGUUGCAAUUAGAAUAUUACUGCCAGUUUUAUCAGGUCAAAACAAAAAUAUUAAUAAUUCAGCAUAGUUAUUGGGUUUCAAACCUGCUGCAUUAUGGUCCUGGGAUUACCAGCCUGAUGUGCUUAGCCACUGAGCUGUGCUGGUAAUCCAAAUCUCGCCAGACUGCAGGCUCAGAUCCUGGUUACUACUUCGAAUUGUUUGCACUCAUUUAUUACAAGGCUUCAGCUUCAUAAUAUAUAGUGAUGGCACAGAAUUCAAGAGGCUGCAGAUAUACCUCAUGACAUCAACAUUUAUGGUGCAGUACUUAAAUUCUGAGACAAGUAUUCGGAAAUGCAUUGUAGAUGUAAUGCAGCUAAUGUUGGAGGUUAUGGAACAUAAGAUUUAAACUAAUAAGUUGAUAAAUUAGACACAUGUGCAACUCUUGGGUAUCUUUAUUGAGGAAACGUUUCGCCACACAGUGGCUUCAUCAGUCCAUACAUAGGAGAAACUUGAAGAACAGGAGGAGAAUGAGGUAAUCAGUCCCUCAACCUUGAGUCGAUGUGUUCAGUCCAUCAAUCUUGAGUAGAAUACGGCAGAUGAGCGGAGAAGCAGCUUAUAAACCGUAUGGCAGGAGAGGUGUAGCAGUCAUAGGUAGUGUCACAUUUGUUCAUUGUGGAAGUAGGUUGUGCCCAAGAAUUAGGCAAGCGAAGAAUUCCUAAGUAUUAAGAUCCCAAGAAGUUGCA